AUGUCACUCGCCAUACUACCUUCGCAUACUCCCGUCUCUCGGCCCACUGCUCCGACUAAACGACCCAAACUCUCUCUCAACACUGCUUCUCUUCCUUCGACCUUCGGCAAGAGCACUACCGGACUCAGACUGGAUGCUCCCUCAAUAGCCUCGCCUACAGCUAGGAACACUUUCAGCAAUGCAUACGGACCACAUCACGUCACGAGCCCUGAGGCCAUGACUCCUCACCACCAUCUACGACCAAAGUCCCGACUGUGUCUGGACACUUCGGUGACACCUACCCACCACCACUCUACGCGCUCUUCCUCCACCGACAGCUGCAUGUCAGCCACUUCUGCCACCUCGGCCUCGACCGACUCCUCCAUCUCCUCAACAUCCACCACCGACGCCUUCGACAAACCCAUCCCAUACCGUCUCCCAUUCAACCACCACUCCAUCCUGACCAACGGCCCUCACGGCUGCCUUCGCCGUCGCAAAUCCUUCUCAAGUACCCGACCAAUGUUUCCUUCGCCCAAAAAAGUGUCUUUCCGUGCACCUUUGACAGAAGACAUCCACAACAACAUCUACACACUCGCACAAUCCGACAUCGACUUCACAUCCUCCUCUGCAUCAGCCCUAGAAACAUUACCCUCGGGACACGGUCACUAUGUCCAACAACAACAACAACAACAAAAGCACAAACGAGCAGCAGCGGCCGCACUGCCAAUCAGAACAUCCACAACACCCUCAUGCGGAGACAAACGCGACUCGUCCUCUGAAGACGACUCAGACAGCGAUAUCUGCCCUUCAACGCCCGUCACGCGAAAGAGCAAGAAACCCCGGGAAUGGGUGUGGACGCUAGGUCCGAUCAACCAAAUCACCCCGCCGCCUUCUUCAAGUCCUGUCGAGGAUGACAGUCUAUCAUGA